AUGCAGGGCCGUCCUAUGGAGCAAGGCAUUGGUCUACGGCGGCGAGAGUCGGUCUCCUCGAUGAGCUCGACGCGCAGCGUGCGGUCCAUGACCACGCCGCGCGAGCUGAGCACCGAUUCGUUACUGGUGAUAGAGGACCGGUUUGUUCGCAAGCCGCGCGUCCAGAGAAUGCGCCGGCCCGACCUGAGACCGCAGCCCCAGCUCUCCACGCGCGUGUCCUACCCUCCGCCCUCUGCUGGCCGCUCCAUGUACUACUUUCCGAACGGCGAGGUUUUCAGGCCACGGAUGCAACCACGGCCCAAAUCGACCAAACACAGUUCCCUGCCAAACAUGGCCAGCACGCCCGCCAACCAGCGGCAGCCGCCGUCUCUAGCGCCCGCGGGCCCUGUCCAGGAGUGCCGUCCGGCCGCCGAGACGCAGCAAAUACCUCAUAUAUCCAAUCAGCCCACGGGGUCGAGUGCGUCGUCAGCCUCGCCGUCGUCGUCGGUGGGCCACAGCACGCCGGCGUCGUCCAUCACGUGCAGCGAGGAGGACGAGGACGACAAGAAAGGGCUGAAGCGGAUGCUUAGCAAGCUGCUCGGGAAGGAUAAGAAGCUCAACAAAAAAGCCGAGCCGCUCGCGUCUAAAAAUAGCCUGAGCAGCGAAAGCUCGUUGGAGUGUCUGUCGCUGUCGACCGGGCUGAGCGACGACAGCAGCAGCUUCACCGCGGGCGACGACCGGCCCCUGGACGGCGGCGACCUGGACUCGGAGCUCGACUACAUCUCGUCGAUCAUUGGGAUCGGCGAAACUUCGUUUUUCGACGACCUGGGCCAGGACACGCUCAUCAAGCGCGAGUCGCUGAGGAUGAAGUCGCUGGAGAAACAGAAGUCGCUGAGCAGGAAGAACACGCUGGACUCGCAGGCGACGAUCGACGCGAAAAAGCACGUUGCGAAGCGUCGCACUUUUGGCAACGGCGAGUUCGAGGUGGUCACCACCAACAGCGCCAAGGAGCCGGGCCAGUCCUGUGCCGUGGCGCGGUCCGCGCUGAGCUCGCGGUCGGCGAGCCCGCAGCGCGUGUCGUUCUCCGACAAGAUCUAUCUUAAUGAGACGUUUUCUGCCGAUCAUUACGUGCGGUUCAAUAGAGGCCUCAAGCACACCUAUUCGCAACUGGCAAGAAACCCUGCGCAGAUCAAGGAGAUCCGGGCCGAGCUGAAUUACUACAAAUCCCACGAAAUGGCCGUUCACGAACAGUCUAGAGAGUAUACGCAUUAUUUCCGAACUGCAUAG